ACAAUAGAAAAGCAAGGAACAGUAAAAAAGUAAAGAAUAGUAAAGAUAUAGUUCAGAGAUGUGUUACUCAUAUUGUCAUAUUAACAAAUGAUAUAUUUAAGAGUAAAAUAAUGAGUAACUUUAGUGGUAUUGGAAAUAUGAUAAUUUAAAUCAGACACAAAUAUUUACAGAAUUCACUGGACAGAUUGUAUGUAACAUUUUGAAAAUAACUUCUUUGACUGUUUGGAAUACAAAACAUAUUAGGUAAAGCCUAAUAAAGGUUUUUUGUUUGUAACGUAAUUGACAGAGGCGACCCCGGACAUGACGUCAUCUCUUCGGCUCUCUGUAUACGGUUACUAGGCAACGGUGUUUGUUUUCAUGCUGACUGAUUUACCAACAAGCCCGCCCCGUCAGCUCUCUGAUUAGCCGGGUUUUGAACGAGGUUCGUUGAUAAACACCGGAUGGCCUGUUCCCUGACAGACCCGUCCCGGGCUCCGGUGGCAUUCGGGCGGCGGACCGUGCAGCAGCUGUUCGAGGAGCUGCAGCAGCCGGAGGCGGGCAGCAGGCUGCGCGCCUUGGCUUCACUCUGCGACCUGAUGCACGAUCCAGAGCGGAUCUACCACACUGUGAACGGGGGUUUUCUGGAGCAGUUGAAGGUUGUGUUUAAGGAUGAAGAUCCAUCAGUAAGAGCCAAAACCUGCGAGCUGCUUCACAUGCUGACCACCCACAGCAUCGGAAGACAGGCCCUGCUCUCCUCCUCCCUCCUCCCUCCUCUCUAUCAGCUGUUGGACGACUCCUCGUCCUCCUGCAGGAGAAACGCCCACCAAGUGCUGAACCGCCUCACUAUGCUGCGUGCAGGUGCAAACGCUCUUCUGACUCUGGUUCCUAAACUGGUGCUGAGGCUCAGAGAGGAGGAAGACGAGGAGGUGCAGGUGCUGCUCCUCUCCACCCUCAGCUCCUGCUCCAGGCUGGACGCUCUGCCGGCUCUGGCCUCUGACGGUGUCUCGCUGCUCGGCCACAAACUCUCCCACUGCUCCCCGGACAUCCGCAGAGAGGCGGCUGCAGCCAUGAUGGCCCUCAGUGUUUGUGAGGACGGUAAGCGGCAGGUGUGUGAGGAGGCGGUACUUCCUGUCCUGGUCGACCUGCUGCAGGACAAAUACAUUGAGAUUCAAGCCAACGCUGCAGGAGUCAUCAUGUACACUGUGAUCAGCACUACAGGUAAGCGGCAGUGUCUGGAUCUGGACGUCAUCCCAAUCCUCCUCGACCUAGUGUCCAAGGACAAAGAGGAGGAGGAGGAAAAGGAGAGGAAGAAGGCCCUCGUCAUGUACUCCCUGCGGGCUCUGACCGCGCUGGCUGAAGCUCCGGACGGCCGCCGCCUCCUAUUGGAGCAGCUCCCUUUGCUGGUGAUGAGGAGUGAGGCUGCAGACGAGGACCAGGACAUCCGGCGGGCCGCUCAGAACGCCGUCAGGGUCGUCACCUGGACUCCCUGAGACGCUGUUGACCUCUGACCUCCAGAACAGAGCUGCUGCCUCAGCUGAUCAGAUAAUAAAUAAAAUAAUGAAUAUUAUUAUUCAUUAAUUAUGUAUAAUUAUAAACUACCGUAGAAAAAUGUGUAAUCGCCUGCUACUAAAGCUUGAUUGGGUCUAAUCUUUCAUGCUUUUAGGUUGUGGAAAGUCCUUAUUAGAAAUAUAUGUUAUUUUGUAUGAAGAGUUUAUUUUGCAUAUGAAGAACAAAUCGCUGUACGAUGGUUCAACCAGAUUGACAAUUGAAACGGCAGAAACGCACAAAGACAGUUCUGAGCAACAGUUCAAUAAGAAUAUAGGAAACAUGAAAUAUCCCUUCAGUCUGGACUCCAGACCCAGGCGUUGAGCAGUGGACUGUCCAUCCCAUCCUCGUCACCAAAAAUGUUCUACAAUAAUAAUUUGCCAUCAAGGAAUACACUUGGAAGCAAGGGCGUAGGUUUGAUUUGGAAAGUGGAAUUUUUCAUCACAUUUCGUGAAAUUCUACACAAUAUAAUCAGAUGCACCCCUUAGAAAAUUGAGUCCCUAUGAAAGAAUAUAAUAUUUGGCUCCCCCAAACCUACACCACCCACACAGGCUGCAACUGCUGUAAGUGCACCACAAAGCUCAUUUGACGACCCAAAGCUUGAUCAUUUACUAUUAAUUACCUCAUACUCAGCCCACUGUCCUUAACGUAGGAUGGGUCAGAGGUGUGAGUGGCAUCUCUCACUAGACAUGUGAAUUCAAUGUGAAAGUAACAUUUUAGGAAUUCAUUCAAAUCUAACAGUAUUUGAAAUUUUGGUAAAUUUUACUCCUGUCAAAUGUCAGUAAUGUCCCGCUGAUCACUUCUGUAAAAUGAAUCACAGAAGACAGAUAUAGACCCUGCUAUUACUUACUUAUACUUACUAAGUAUAAGAAAUGGAGUUUAUGCCUUGCUGCUGCAGACCUCCUUAUUAAACAGAAUCCUACUUCAUCCAUCUGUCUGCUUCAUUUAGUGUUUUACUAUAUGCAGUGGAAUGUGAUGUUUGAUGAAGAACUAUUUAAUUGAUAUAAGAUUAAAUGAUGCACUAU